AUGAAGCUCAAUCUCUUUCUCAUCUGUCUCAUCUCAGGCCUUACCCCUAUCUUCGGGGCUCCUGAGUUGGAGAAAAAGAAUGCCGCAAAUGCGCUAGAUACAUCCCCUGCCACUAAAGGCACAGGCGACGCCCUCGCUGAUGCCCCCUCCUCCCCCGCACCCCCUCUCACUUUUACAUUCAACGAGAAUUGCCUUGCUAUUGGUGCGAAGGAGUGUGCGCUGGUUAUUACUGCUGCGACCCACGUCCGAACUGCUUCUAUUCUUCAGGAAGUUGCUGGUGUUCUGUCUAGUUUGGCAAUUCUCCUGAUUACUACCAACCGUGGAAAAGCCGCACUAGGAUGCAUGGGAGCGAUUCCAUGUGAUAUAGGGGAAGUUGGAAUGGCUUUAUGUUAG